AUGUUAGGGAAAAGAAUGCAUCAUAACAGUAAAGGACGGUUAGCUAGCAAAGGCCAUGAUACCGGCAAGCCGUCGAGUCCAUGUGUUUCACCGUAUAGCAAGCCUGCGAAAAUACCAGGAGUAAUCUCGGUCGGUAAAACUAAGGUCGAAGUUUGUUCUAUUCCAUACAUCAGACUUCAGGAUAAUGCAGUAAUCCUACCUCGAUUGACUGCAAUAUCCACUAGAUCUGCCGACGAGCCGAUUGGAAUGGAUGAACUUGAUGCAUUACAGUUAGAAUUAGAAUCAUUAUUGUGCAACACUGCAUUACGUAUAAGAUAUUUUCAAGGUGAAAUCGAAAGCAUUGACACAAAUGAAUCGAAAAGGGAGAAAAAAGGUAAAGCUGCUGGAAAACAAUUACAAUAUCCUGUUAAAAGAAAAUUUCAAGAUGAUAAAUUAGUUAAAACCAAAGAUUAUACAAAAUUAUCAAAUCAACCUAAACUACCAAAAUUCAAAAAUUUUCCUAAUGCUUCCUCUGGAGUCUCACACAAUAACUUUUCUAAUGACAACACAAUCAGUUCAGAUAAUUCAAUGAAGCUUGAACUAUCACAGUUUUCCUUACCAAAGAAUAAUAUUCCAUAUAAAUUCUGGAAUUCGGUUGAUCCCUAUUGUGCACCUGUUACAUUAGAUGACAUAAAAUUUUUAGAAUCCUUACUUGCUCAAAGUAGCAACACUACCUUGCCACCCAUCCCACCACUUGGAAGGCACUAUUCUGAAGUAUGGGCUGAUGAACAUUUAACAGAAGAUCAAAAUGCAGGCAAUCCUAAUAAGCUCAAAUCAUCUGGUAUGUCACCAGAGGCAACCAGUAUACGAAAAAAAUUUGAAAAAAGUAAUGAGAACAUGAUUACAGGUCCUUUAACUCAGAGAUUAGUAUCUGCUUUGAUGGAGGAAAAUGUCAUGGCCUAUGAGAUACCUGAUAUUAAAGUUAAGCAACCAUCAAAUGUUAAAAGUAGUUAUAAAAAUUCGCUUACCUUAGAGAAGUGCUUAAGAAAAGAGUUGGUUGAACAAGGCAUAUUAGAUCCUGAAGACUUACCUCCAUUAACUAAUCCAGCAGAUGAUGAAAUUUUAGCAGAGAUAAAAAAAUGUCAAACUGAAUUAACCGCUGUAAGAAAAGAUAACUGCCGUAAUCUUAAAAACCUGAUUGGAUUGUGUAAACAAGAAAUGAUCAGAUUGAAUUUAAAAAAGCAACUUGAUCAAGUGGAUAUGGAGUGUAUUGACAUAUAUAAGAAGAUGGUAGCAGCUAAACAAAAGAAACGCCCAAUUACUAAGAAAGAAAAAGAAGAUGCAUGGAGGGCCAUAAAUGAACAAAUAAGACUUAACAAAGAGAUCAAUGCUUUGCCAAUAACAGGACCAAAUACAAGUUAA